GUCACUUGUGGUGGACUGCGCACGGUGUGCGUUCCUCUCGUUUGAGCAGGACAGGUGAAGAGCCACAAGGCACUUUCCCGCAUUGCAUGGGAGAAGGUGAGAGGCGACACAAGACAGCUGUCACUUCCCUGCAGAACCUCUCCGUGGGCAUAAAAAAAUCAGGUUGAGCAGGAGGUACGGUGGCCCAGGUGGGGAAGUUCAACCCUGUGGCAGAACAGCAGUGAUGACAGCUGUGUUCUUCAGCCUCGAGGAUAUUCUUUUCACUAGACAAGGCCUGCUGUGGAACCUGGCCUCAACCGCUCUGAGACGAUGGCAGGUCAUGAACCUGAGGGCUCUGAAUCUCAUUUUCACUCCCGGAUGUGUGCAGCGAGCCUUGUACCAGAUGACCGAGGGCCGGCGAUGUCAGGUACACCUCCUUGACGACAGGAAGCUAGAGCUGCUGGUGCAGCCCAAACUGAUGGCAAAAGAUCUCCUGGACCUGGUGGCCUCCCACUUCAACUUGAAGGAGAAGGAGUAUUUUGGAAUAUCGUACACAGAUGAAACGGGCCACUUCAGCUGGCUGCAGCUGGACCGCCGGGUACUGGAGCACGAGUUUCCCAAGAAGUCAGGACCUGUGGUUUUGUUCUUCUGCGUCAGGUUUUACAUCGAGAGUAUAUCCUAUUUAAAGGAUAAUGCAACGAUUGAGCUGUUUUUCCUCAAUGCUAAAUCUUGUAUCUACAAGGAGCUCAUUGAGGUGGACAGUGAGGUGGUCUUUGAACUGGCCUCCUACAUCCUUCAGGAGGCUAAAGGGGACUUCACAAGCAAUGAAGUGGCAAGGGCUGAUCUGAAGAAGCUUCCGGCACUGCCGACCCAGGCCCUGAAGGAGCACCCUUCCUUGGCUUACUGUGAGGACCGUGUCAUAGAGCACUACAAGAAGCUCAGCGGUCAGUCCAGGGGCCAGGCCAUUGUGAAUUAUAUGAGCAUCGUGGAAUCCCUGCCCACGUAUGGAGUCCAUUACUAUGCUGUGAAGGACAAGCAAGGCAUCCCGUGGUGGCUGGGGUUGAGUUAUAAAGGGAUUUUUCAGUACGACUACCAGGACAAAGUGAAGCCAAGAAAGGUCUUCCAAUGGAGGCAGCUGGAAAAUCUCUACUUCAGGGAGAAGAAGUUCUCAGUGGAAGUUCAUGACCCUCGAAGUAGGGCGUCGGUGACCCGCAGGACGUUCGGCCACAGCGGCAUCGCCGUGCACACCUGGUACGCCAGCCCAGCCCUCAUCAAGUCCAUCUGGGCUAUGGCCAUCAGCCAGCACCAGUUCUACCUGGACAGGAAGCAGAGCAAGUCAAAAAUCCACGCAGCACGAAGCCUGAGUGAGAUCGCCAUCGAUCUGACAGAGACGGGGACACUAAAGACAUCCAAGUUGGCCAACAUGGGCAGUAAGGGCAAGAUCAUCAGUGGCAGCAGCGGAAGCCUCCUGUCUUCAGGCUCCCAGGAGUCAGACAGCUCCCAGACAGCCAAGAAGGACAUGCUGGCAGCCCUCAGGGCCAGGCAGGAAGCCCUGGAGGAGACGCUGCGGCAGCGGCUUGAGGAGCUCAAGAGCAUCUGCAUCCGAGAGGCGGAGCUGACGGGGAAAUUGCCCAAGGAGUACCCACUGGACCCUGGGGAGGAGCUCCCUGUUGUUCACCGCAAGAUCGGCACAGCCUUCAAACUAGAUGAGCAGAAGAUUCUGCCUAAGGGAGAGGAGGAGGAGCUGGAACGGCUGGAGCGGGAGUUUGCCAUCCAGUCCCAGAUCACGGAGGCAGCGAGGCGGCUGGCCGGUGACCCCCACGUCAGCAGCAAGAAGCUGAAGAAACAGAGGAAAACAUCAUAUCUGAACGCCCUGAAGAAGCUGCAGGACAUCGAGAACGCCAUCAAUGAGUAUCGUAUCCGAUCUGGCAAGAAGCCGACGCAGAGGGCCUCGCUCAUCAUCGAGGAGGCCAACAUUGGCUCUGAAGACAGCUCGCUGUCAGACGCCCUUGUUCUCGAUGACGAUGAUGCUCAGGUGCUGGGCACCUUCUCCCCAACAGUCUCCCCCCAUAAAGGCCUGCCACCUCGACCACCGUCCCACGGCCGGCCUCCACCCCCGCAGUCCCUGGAGGGCCUACGCCACCUGCACUACCAGCGCAAUGACUAUGACAAAUCCCCCAUCAAGCCCAGGAUGUGGAGCGAGUCCUCGCUGGACGAGCCCUACGAGCGUGCCAAGAAGCGCUCUUCCCACAGCCACUCCAGCAAUCACAGACGUUUCCCCAGCUCAGGCAGCUGCACGGAGGCCGGAGGGAGCGGCUCACUGCAAAGCAGCCCAAUCAGAGCCCCAAACCACUGGAGCUCCCAGUCCAGCAUGCCCUCCACACCUGACCUAAGGACCCGUGCCCCACACUACGUCCACUCCACCAGGUCGGUGGACCUCAGCCCCACACGGCUGCACAGCUUGGCACAGCACUUCAGGAACCGCAGCUCGAGCCUUGAGUCGCAGGGCAAGCUGGUGGGCUCAGAGCCAGAGACGGGCAGCCCGGACUUCUGCUUGCUGGGCACGCGUAGCAGCAACGGUUCGGACCCGCUGGACGACUGCUCCUCCUGCACUAGCCACUCCAGCUCCGAGCACUACUACCCAGCCCCCGGCAGCUCCAACUAUUCCACGCUUGGCGAGGACUCGCCCUCCAAGGCGCGCCAACGCCAGCGGCAGCGACACAAGUCCACCGGGCACUUGGGCUCUUCCAGCUCCGGCAGCAUGCCCAACUUGGCGGCUAAGAACGGCGGCGGCGGCGGCGGUGGCAGUGGCGGUACUGGCAGCCACCAUGGUGUCUACCUACACAGCCAGAGCCAGCCGUCCUCACAGUACCGCAUCAAGGAGUAUCCGCUGUACGUGGAGGGCGGCGCCACACCUGUGGUGGUUCGCAGCCUGGAGAGUGACCAGGAGGGACACUACAGUGUCAAGGCACAGUUCAAGACCUCAAACUCUUACACUGCGGGUGGCCUCUAUAAGGAGAGCUGGCACAGCGGGGAGGAUGGGGGGGAGGGGGGCAGCAACGGAGGUCGCCUCACGCCAUCUCGCUCGCAGAUCGUACGGACUCCCUCGCUGGGCCGCGACAGCGGGAGCGGCGCCAGGACUGCUGUGUCAGAUGAGCUGCGCUGCUGGUACCAGCGUUCGUCCGGCUCCUUCAAGGAACACGGCCGCCACUCGCACGUCGGCUCCGGCUCCUCGGAACAGGGCGCGCAGCAAGGAUCCCGCAGCCACAGCCGGCCCGGGAGCAGGAUGGGUUCGAUAACCAAGGGCUCUCCAGCUGCCUCGCCCCACAGCCAGAGGAGUGUGGCGCUGUCCAGUGCGUCCACUGCAACGCCACCUGGCAGUCCGCAGCACAUGCUCAGCUGGCAGAGCGGUUCUUUCAGUGACACCUGCUACCUGGACAGCUCCCUGUAUUCCGAGCUGUCAGAUGUCCAGUGGUAUGGACGAGAAAAGGCCAAGCCGGGCACUCUGGUCUGAACCGCUGUCGUUCAUCCCCUAACCCUGCCCCUCACAAGCUUCCUCCAGGCUGGCCUGUGGGCCCGUGGGCCGCGCCUUCCCCUCAGAGAACCCUCAGCAGGAAGCACUUCCCCCCGACCACGUUCACCCGUGUGCUGGGGCGGUGGGUGAGGCGCGUCCAGACAGACCCUGUAGCGGAACGCCUCCCCGCAGCAGCUGCUGCGAUCACAUUCAGAGCCACCGGUCCGAGCUAUCGGACCUCAUCUCGUCUCCAUGGAGAUGCUGCUGUGUGUUCGCCUCACAUUCUCCUGCCACGUGUGCAGUGCCACGGGAGCUGCUGAAAUGAAACUGAAGUGGGGGCGUUUGACGAGGACAAGCAGUGACCCACACACCAUGACCUCUGGUUCUGGACCAAUGUACUUCUUCCUUGCUUUUACUUUUAAAAUGAAAAUAUGAAUAGCGGAAGAUGGACUGCCGCUCACCUUGUGAUCGUGAUUGAACGGAAAAAUUUUGAGGAAGUAUCUCUGCACCCCCCCCCCGCACCGCUGGUGUUCGGUCGAUGGGUCGGUCAGUGCGCCGUGGAUCCUCCCUCUGACACCGUCACCAAGCACUUCCGCAACCAAAGAUCCAAGUGGAAAUAACAGAUGGGGCCAAGCAGGCCUUGGAACGACAAAGCACCAGCCUUCGUUUAGCACACGUCCCCAUGCUGAGCUACACCGCGUCCGGCUGCGUCGCAGCACUCGGGCCAGUGUGGCUCAGUCCCCGUUCAGCUUCAAAAACGGUUGCCUUUUGAAAGCACAAGAGGCAGCUCAAGAGUGUGCGUCCGAACCCUUCGCUCUAAUGCGUCGGCUUCUGAAACCCCUUUAGCUCUAUGUCUCUCUCUGUCGAAACGAGCAGUUAGAUGUUGUCCUCCAGGGUCCGGCUUGAUGAAGAGCAGCGGUCUGCUGAGCACAGCUCCCUCGGGACCUCAGGCUUCAAGUCGGUGCGUAACGGUAGGACCUGCCACCGCCCUGCAACGCCUAUCGGCGCUUCAGCAGAAGAGCGGCACCAGUGCAAGAACAGCCCCUUAAUGAGCCAGGAAUCCCGGAGAAACGCAACCUGUUACCUGCCAACUGCUUUUGUGAGUUCGUACCCUUCGCUGCUCUCCAGCACAAGUGAGGUGGACACGGGUGUCGCAGUGCCGUUCUCGCGCGCUCUGCCUUACUCCCAUCGCUGAGGAAAGGUGUCGAGUCAUUUGGAAACCUCAGAUGUGCAUUUUUCUUUCUUUUCUUUUUUUUUCCUCACUCACAACACUUCUUUCAAGUCACCUUUUUGUCACGUUUAUGCUGGUUAAAAAGGCAGAAUCCAAAGCAUACACUUAGUAUGCUUAUAAAUUCUCAUGUCAGACAAGCUCAUUAGAGGUUUCAUUAUGAAUCCAGACUAAAUGUGAAAAAGACAAGUCAUCAGACACUGCCCGCUUGGAGGGUUUACAGAAAAUAUUUCAGUGCAGACAUACUGUUGCCUCAACACACACACACACACACACACACACACACACACACACACACACACACACACACACACAGACAUUGACUUGUGCUGAAGUAGAAACGCCGUUUCUGGAAAGUGACCCACGUGAUCAGUGAAUAUUCUGCUCUUGGGUUUAUUGAUCGGUUCCCCCAUGAUGCGAAUGGGUUUCUGGCCCAGGACGAUGUGUACAAGCCAUAUUGUAACCAAAAGCACCUUGAAAGCGUUCCCCGAAAACACCGAACCGGGACACGUUUGAAAGCACAGCACCGUUUCACUUUGUUUGGUGUGGAUGGAGCAGUGAAGCUAUGUACUGUUGUCCUGCAGUGUGUGAGAGUCACGCUCUUUGCAUGACUUUCUCCGUCGUGCAUCAGUUUUUUUUUUCUUUUUUCUUUUUAAAAAAAAGUCUGCCUCUCUUCCCUGUGCCUCAAGUUGUGCAUUUCGCUUUAUCCUCUUCAGCCGCAAUAAAUGAGACCAAGCGAUACGCGAUGGUGGAUCGAUUCUUCGAAGACUGUGAACCUUCGUCAGAGAAGGCAACGUGGGUUCUGCACCCAACCCCUCCCGACGUCCCACGAGGAUUUCCAUUUUGUGAUGGAAGGAAGAGACUGGGAGCCUCUCCAAACGCACCGAAGCAAGUGUUUCGCCAUGUUGCUGCAGCACGAAAACACGCACCGUCUAUCCCCACCCGAAGGCCGCCGUUGGGGAGACGCCUUGGAGCAGAGUUCCGACCACAGGGUGCGGUGCGGUCCCGUCCCUCUCGUUCCCCCACGCUCAGCUGUGUCCGUCUCAAGUGAAAAAACUGAGUGGAUUUCAGUUUUCGCCAAAACUUGCCCAGUUUGUGUAGCACGUUUGAAAAGCGUGUGUUGGAACUGCUCGAGGGGGGAUGGCAAGCGCCACUGCGACCACUGGACGUGUGUGUUCAGCCUUAUCGCUGUCACAGCGCCGCGGUCUCCACUGGACAAGACAAGCGUUUCCAGUGGAAAAACUACCUUUUUUUUAAUAGAGAAGCGUUAACACUUAGCGACAUUUACAGGUAUGGAGGACUGUGUGCUUUUAAGGAAUCGUUCAGUUUUUUUUUUCCUUCAGUUUUCUUAAUCAGUAUUAGGUUUUUUUUGACCAUAACCAUUUUUCUGGCGCCACCAGAUGACCCAUAAUUGCUUUGUUGUGUAGGUGUAGUUUCUCACAUAAUCCUCUCCAUAGUUCUACUACCAACAUGAAGGAUGUUAGUGUAAAACAUAGUCAUUACCUCCAGCAAAGAGUAUAGCUGUUCUCCUGUGUUCCGUUCCGUUUAGCCAUAACCACACAAAUAAGGUGGAUGGAUGUUGUAGGAAAAAAUGUGGACAUUUAGGGGGAAAAUAUCCAGUUAAUUUAUUCUUUUUUUCUAUUAAUUUGUAUAGUAACUUUACAAUUUCGAAAACUGUGUUGUUGGCAGCCAAUAACGACUUUUCCAAAUGAGAAUACCUACUGGUUCUUCAGAUUAUGAAAAUAAAUUAUUG